CUGCGGACGUCAUCGUCGGCCCAGGCCCCUGUCGUGCAGCCCGUCCCGGCCUCCCAACAGAGAGCGCUGGUACAAGCCACAGGCUCAGUUCAGAAAGGAGGACAAGUACAGCAGCUUUCAGUAUCCAGGGCUCAACAGGUUCCACCUCAGGUACACAGUACUGUAUAUACAUGCGUACAUAUACAGUGCUGUGGACAAAGUUGGAGCAUUCGUUGUCAAAUGGGGACCGCAAUUGACAUACCGAGCCCAUAACGGACGGACGGCCAAGCUGUCGCGCAUGAACUGAAAGCUGCUGAUUGAAAGCGGAAUGUUUACGCUAGCUUUCUCUGCUCACAAGUGUCUUUCUGCGGCUGAGCCUGGCCCGCUGCCUUUGCACCUCUCUUCUUAUCAAACACUCUCAGCCCUUCUCGGGGGAAUCGGACGAGGAUCGCGGCAUGCUGCCUGUGCUCUCACCUUUUUUGUCCGCACCCACACUGAGAUGAGCGAUGGCAUGCGCGCAUUUGCGGAAAUGAAUACGGAGUUUGUUUUCUGCAACGCUCGCUGCCUGAACAUUGAUGUCCUGGCAUGAAUGUCGUCUUACCGGCUUUGCUGUCGCUUCUUCUUUCUUUGAGGAGACAAAACAGGCUCACCGGGAGGACAUCAAUUGGGCAGCUGCUUUGGUUUUGCAGUUGGGAGUCUGCAAUGGCACAACUAGCAGCAGUCUUCUUUUUUUUUUCUUCAAUUUAAAUAUUAACCACUCUGUUUAACUCUACAUACGUUCAAUUUUCUCACUUGGCUGAAAAAAAACACAUACUGGGUGCUUGACACUUUCCAUAGUGUCUGCUUUUUAAAAAAAAAAAACUAAAUUAGGGUUUAAAAUUGGCCUCUUUUGUAUUUAUGGUUAUUCUUUGUAGGUGCAGCAAUCACAGCAUGUCUAUCCGUCCCAGGUGCACUACGUCGGGGAAGGCGGAGAGGCUGUUUACACCAACGGAACAAUCGCUUCCUCACAGCCGCACGGCCUACUACAACCCCGAGGCUCAGUUGUACGGCCAGAGCAGCGGGGGGUCCUACUUUGACUCGCAGGCCGGCGGAGCGCACGUGGCCACCGUGGUCUCUUCUGCCAGCGGUGGGGUGCCGCCUCAUAGCAUGGUGGGCAUCGCCAUGGACGUAAGCAGCAGCCAUAUCAUCUCCAGCGGCAGCACCUAUUUGAUCCACGGAGGAAACAUGGAAGGGAGCCGCAACCACAUCUCUCACUCUUCUCGCUCCUCUUCGGCCAUGCUUGAAAUGGCGAUUGAAAACCUCCAAAAGUCUGAAGGAAUUGCAAGUCACAAAAGCAGCCUGCUCAACAGCCAUCUCCAGUGGCUGCUGGACAACUACGAGACGGCGGAGGGCGUGAGCCUGCCCCGCUGCUCCCUCUAUAACCAUUACUUGCGCCAUUGCCAGGAGCAGAAACUAGAUCCGGUCAAUGCUGCCUCUUUCGGCAAGCUGAUCCGCUCCGUCUUCAUGGGCCUCAGGACCCGACGCCUCGGAACCAGAGGCAACUCAAAGUAUCAUUAUUAUGGCAUUCGGGUGAAGCCAGACUCUCCGCUCAACCGGCUGCAAGAGGACACCCAGUACAUGGCCAUGAGGCAGCAGCCCGUCCACCAGAAACAAAGGUUCAAACCUCUGCAGAAGGUGGACGGAAUGCCCGACAACCUGUGCGUCAACUCUCACUGCAACAACACUCCGGAACAGUCGGUGGCAGCUCAGAGCCAACACCAUCAGCAGUACAUCGACACAGCCCACAGUUUGCCCGAGUUCCCCGCUCCUGACGUGGGCACUCAGCCUCUGCCAGAGCGCAUCACUUUGAAUGACAUUAAGAAGCUGCAGAGCCUCUACAGAGACCACUGCGAGGCCACACUGGAUGUGGUGAUGAACCUCCAGUUCCACUACAUUGAGAAACUCUGGCAGACCUUUUGGUACUCAACAGCGACAUCUAGUGAGGGGAGCACCACCAUCGCCAGCAGUGACGAUGAACUGGAAGGUGUGCUGCCCCGAGAGAAACUGGUGAAUCUUUGUAAAUACGAACCAGUACGACUAUGGAUGAGGAGCUGCGAUCACAUCCUCUACCAGGCCUUGGUGGAGAUCCUCAUCCCAGACGUGCUGCGCCCUGUCCCCAGCACUCUCACUCAGGCCAUCAGGAACUUUGCCAAGAGUCUGGAGGGAUGGCUGACUAACGCCAUGACCAGCUUCCCUCAAGAAAUCAUCCGCACUAAGGUGGCGGUGGUCAGUGCCUUUGCGCAGACGCUGAGACGUUACACCAGCCUCAACCACCUGGCCCAGGCGGCGCGUGCCGUCCUCCAGAACACCUCGCAGAUCAACCAGAUGCUCUCCGACCUCAACCGGGUUGACUUUGCUAACGUCCAGGAGCAGGCGUCGUGGGUGUGCCAGUGCGACGAGAGCGUGGUGCAGCGUCUGGAGCAGGACUUCAAAGUCACCCUGCAGCAGCAGAGUUCUCUGGACCAGUGGGCCACUUGGCUGGACAACGUGGUCACUCAGGUUCUCAAGCCCCACCAGGGCAGCCCCAGCUUCCCCAAGGCAGCGCGGCAGUUUCUGCUGAAAUGGUCCUUCUACAGCUCCAUGGUCAUUCGAGACCUGACUCUCCGCAGUGCCGCCAGUUUCGGUUCCUUCCACCUGAUCCGCCUGCUGUACGAUGAGUACAUGUUCUACCUGGUGGAGCACCGUGUAGCUCAGGCCACUGGAGAGACGCCCAUCGCUGUCAUGGGGGAGUUCAGUGACCUGACCUCCAUGAUGCCAUCACUGGUGGAAAAAGAUGUGUCCUUCUCGGACGAGCUGAGUGACCUGGGUAGCGACGCCGACGUGUCCCGGAGCGAGCCGGCCGUGAAGCGGGAGCGCAUCGAAAUGAGCCACCCUCUGCAGGAGAUGUGAGGCCGCAGGAGAUGUGAGGCUGCUCUGCUCUGCUCCGUUCGGCCCGGCCCACAUGGCGCCCGUGUACAUUUUUCGCCGCUUGAUCAAGUGGUUGUGAUGUCAGUCCUAGCAACGCUAACAGUGCCGCCUUUUCUUUUCCAAGGAAGCAAUCUCAACACACGACUAAUAUUCUCUUUUUGUUUUGUGCAACUGUGAAUGAGUUUGUGCAGUCCAUUAUUUUAGGGGGGGGGGGGGGUGUAACUCGAUGUGUGCGGUGGUCAAGUGUUUUUUUUAUUUUUUAUUUUUUUUAUGAUUCAGCUUGUUUGAAUUCAAUUAGCUGUGCCAUGGUGUCAUUUGAGUGCCUUAGAUUGCUAACUUGGACUCUAGAUGUCAGGCUGUCCCCUCAGCUGUGCCUCGACCGCACUAUGAAUGUAUCGUCGGCAAACCUCAUCCAAGCAAGCACCUUUCACCAAGCAAAAGUGGAGGUGUGAGCGUGUGUAAGUGUGCGCAUGUGUGUUUACUUGUGGCCUCUGCUGCACUUUGCAGCUCACAAAAUGGGAAAAUCAAAUAAACAUGCAACUGAUGGACCCAAAGGA